CACACAAGUAGCUGUUUACCAAAGACCUUGAAAUCCAGGAGCAUGUUCAAAAAUUUCACAUGUCUUCGUGAGUUUCCGACCAAGAAAUAAAGUUGAUUUAUUUGUCAAAAAGUCACAUUAUCCUGCAUAUUUACCCGCCAAUAAUAUGACAUCAAAAAUGGAUGAAGCUAAUGCUGGCCUUAUUAGCAAACAACAGCAACAACAACAACCACGGGUAAAAACUCGACCACCACCGGGGAAAUGUACACUAGCUAGAAAACGAUUAAGACAAGUAUUCAAUAUGCGAAAAUAUUAUUUAUCAAUUAUUGGAUUAACUGGUUUUGAAGCGGUAUUAGUAUUAUGCAGAGUUAUACUAGAAACAGAAUCUCUACGAUUUCCUCCAGGAAACAGUCAACGAAUGAUUUUAGACGCCCAGCUGGCACUAGAAUGUUUUAGUCUAUUCACGCUGACAUUAUUUGUUGUAGAAGUACCAUUUAAAAUGUGGGCUAUGGGUAUACGUCAAUGGGGUCGUCAGUUAUUAUUUCUUAUCGAUGCACUUGUCUGUAUUGUCUGUUUCUCUCUGGAUAUCUACAAUAUUUAUCGACAUGCAAUUAAUCCAUCAAGAAUAACAAGCGAAUCCGUUAAAGUUAUUGACUUGUGCAAUUAUAUACAUUUGACUUUACAAGCGAAUACAGCGUCUACAUUUGCUGAAAUAUCUGGUCUUAUUAUUGUCUAUAGAUUAUGGUAUAUUAAAAGAUACAUAAAGAGUAAGUUCAUGUGUUAUUCAGAUAUAUAUUUUUCAUAAAGUUUAAAUGAUUAUUAUUACUAUUUUGUUGCAUAACAUUAAUUAUUACAUGUAUUAUGAUUGUACUUAUUUGUUCCCUUGGGUUCUGAGGAGAAUAUGGGACUUCUUUUUUUAUUCCUUUACGUUACCAAUGGAACCUAAGGCUUCAAGCUACUGUCCUGGAGUGUGAGUAUUUACGGGAUGAGUUUGUUAGCCUCAUGUCAAGCCUUAUCUCUUUACUAGGCUUAGUGAGGUAAAGCAGUGUGUCGGUCAAGGGAUCGAACCCUUAACAGACUUUGGCGUGGUCGGCGAGCAUUCUGCCGCUGUGCUACUGAUGCUUCAGCAGAACACUUUCAUGUUUCAGAUUGUUUGCUGAAGUUCUCUUCAGCUGGUUUUACAGUGUCACCUGAAAACACUCAACCUACCACUUCCUAUUUUAGAUUUCAUUAGAUAUGAUAGAGACGAUUUGUAGCUCAGGUGCACAAUUUUGAUAUGGUUGUGUUUUCUGAGCUGAAUAGUUAUUUUGCGAAGCUUUCACAAUCCUACUAGGCGAAAUCUUCAGCGAAUACUUCAAUUUGCGUUGAAAUGAGCUUUUAGAUUUCUCCACGAGUUUAUUAAUCAUCUCUCCUGGUGAUUUGAAUAUGGUUGGUUGUUUUUGUGUCUUUUCACUCCCUCCGGGCUGCUUGCAUUAGAACUGAUUGUUUCCUUGACUUGAACUUUGACCCUUUGUGUCUGAAAUUUCUUUCUUAUCGAUUGGUGAACAUUGUCUAUCUCGAUGUGUCUAUUGAUUGACGAUUCACUGGAAUACCAGGCUGGCUUCUAAAAAUUCUCUAGCAUUCUUGUUGUUUCCUCUAUCUAAUAUUUGAACAUUGGUUGUCCCAGUCGAGUUGAUGUCCGUGGUUGUCUGUAUGCAGCGUGUGAUAUGAGUGAGGGAGUGGAUAUCAUGUCUUUUGACGGCUAGCUUAUGUUCGUGAAUACGAAGACGAAGGGUACGUCCACUUUGGCCAAUGUAGUGUUUUCGCAGUUGUUACAAUUUAUUUUGUAGAUGAUGUCGGUUUUAUCUUCUUUUGUUGUUGAGGCUUUUGGUUGACAUAGAACUGAGUGAAGUGAUUUUGUUGGUUUGUGUGAGACGUCAAUUCCUAAAGGUUCGAAGAGUCUUGUAGUGACCUCUGAGAUGUCCUUCAUAUUAUGUAGGGUGAUUUUCCUGUGGCUGUCCUUAAGGGCCUAUGAUUUGAUAGGUUGAUUGAUAGGUUUGAUGUCACCUGAACGUCUUCUUAGUGUGUUUUGAUACCAUCUACAUUUCUUUGUGCAUGCUGUUUUUUAGUAACGAGUUAUUGAUUGGUGUUGCCUAUUCUUUUUGAUUGACCAUGUGAUCUUUAGGAUCGAAUGAAAGUCAACAGUAGCCUGUCGGAAAUGAUUUACAUGACGUUCAUGCCAAGUCUCUGAACCAUUAGUACCCAAAACUGGAAACAUACUGCUUAUGUUGAAUGCAGUAGAUUUCUACAUUGAUUUCAGAUAAAUGAAGGUUAAUCAUGCUUUUUUGACCUUAAGUGGUCUUGACGUCAUCAUCUCUGCUGCUGCCUGUGGUUCACACUAUGCCGCUUAGGUAAGAGGAAGAAGUAACCUCCUUCAAAUUUCUCUCCGACUUCAGUAUUUUUAAUCACUGUACACAUUUAAUCGAUUUAAUCGGCGGUGACUGAUUGUAGAAAUGAAGAUCUGAUUUCAGGCCGAUUUCGAUCCAGAGUCUUCUGAAUCAACAGUCCGCCUGUCUAUAAGUUGAGUCAUGGGACCCAAAAUGCUAACCACUGGAUCGUUUCACAAUCCAAUCCAGAAGCGUAGUGCCCAGAUGUCACACAAAUGAAUGAUGCGCUACUGCCCACCUAAUACAGAAUUUCUUGCUCAGCUUGCUAAUUCUUAUCCUACUACAUGCUUACUAGGUAGAACCACCAAUCGCAAGCCCGAAUAGCUCAGUGGUAACGUCUCCGACUGCAGCGCUUGGUGACACAGGUUCGAAUAUCAGAAGGGACAUGAGUUCUUUGUUGAUGAGGGCCAACUAGCAUGAAACCUAGAGCCAAGGCUUCCUGUGACCGAUUGCCUCCAACUAUCUUAAAUCAUCAGAACCCAGUUUUAUUAUUUCAGUGUCUAUGAUUUUUAUUUUAAUAAAUAAAGGCAGUGAUUGAAUGUACCACCCCGUAUACUGCUGAUUUACUGAAUAUGAUUCGUUGGAUACCACUGCUACCAUCCUGCAGUGUUUGCUUUCUAGCCAGGCAUACUGAACAUUGGAUGGAUAUUUCUUUAGUUUUCGUGCUGAGCUCAUUAGCAAUGUACCAGGUUUGAUCUAGCUCAGAUAAUUGAGUCUGUUCAACACUCUCCCUCCAUUUCUACUUAGCUACAUACAGACUCAUGCGAAUAUGAUUUUAAGCCGGUGCUGUUUAUUACUAGUGAUAAAGGUUCGGAAUUUGAGUGUCAACUAAGCUUUAACAAUAAUUUUCUGAUCAGUACUUUUUACAGUCGAAAAUUAAGACGGCUGAUGUAAUCGGACUUAAUCUAAUCCUUGCUAAGGAAAGUAUUUCAGUCUCUUGUAUUUUGUGAGUUACGUAAUAAUUUUGAAUAUUUGAGACGAUACUUAAAUAAUACUUAUUUUAUUGCACUUUUGAUGGUAAUAAUGUUUUCAGACAAUGAUUAGGUAAACAAAUUUUAAUAGCAUUUUUCACAAUCAUUAUUUUUAGAGCAUGAAGCGGAAAUUUCACGGUGCUACCAAUUGCUUUCCCUCACCCCCACCCCCUAAACAAUGAUUGCCAGAUAGACAUUUCUAAACAAUUUAUAAGAAUUCAUGACAAAGGAUAUAUUAGUAGUGGUAUGUUAGCUUUGUAGGCAGAUGACUGAUUUUGGGAUAGGUAGUGAUGUGAUCGCUUUGUAGGCUUUCUAGGCUUGGACUCGUCCCACGGUGUGUGAGUGUGUGUGUGUGAUUUUCAAGUGAGGAAUGUGCUUCUACUUCAAUUAACUAGCUAACUAGAUUUCAGGUAGUUUGAACUAAUUUAUUUCUCUGAGUUGGAUCGAACAGAAUACACCUCUGAUCACCCUGACUGCAAAUAAACAAAAUUACCAUCCAGUGUUUUGGAUGGACCAUUGUUAUACAGCUAGCAAGGAAUACUGUUCAUCAGUGUGAGUGGUUUUCAACCACUCUUACCAACCAGUAGCAUAUGCUAAGUACAAAUUUGGUGUGUUUUUUUUACAUGGAGAAUAGUCAAAAAUGAUUCGGACUGAUUCUGUUUAUCACUGUGAGGUGGUUCGGAGAAUUAAGCGAACCUAUUCAAUGUAUGUGAUAGUGAGUCGGAAUCCAGUUGACUAAAUGGUGUAUGAGCUCACUUUGUGACAGGAAGGUCGUGGGUUCGAGUUCUUAUGAGUCAGUGUGUGUAAGGCCGAUGAGUCCCAAACUGUGACGAAACAGCUAUCCAGUAAUCUCAGGUUUUUCAGCGGUUCACUAACUGAUACUAACUCAUCAUCAAACCUGUAUGUGUGUAUUUAUUGAACACUAGUUACUCAAGGAAGAAUUCAUUCAAAGUUAUCUAAACAAUCAAAAGAAAUCGACUGAAAACUUUGCAUAGUUGAGGCUCUAGCGGUUCGGAUGCAAAACACCGGUUUGUUUACACCGAAGAAAAUUCUUCAAGCUCUUCUUCUACCUUAGGUAUUGUUUUAAUUUCAACUCCUUUCACUACUUUGUUAUAAUAAUAAUGGUCUACUCUAUUCCAAAAGCAGUGCUUAUAAUACAGAAUGGAAUUCUCAGCAUUUGUCACAACACUUUGCAUCUAAUUUACUU